ACUUUAUUGGUAUUUUUAUGACUGCUUUUAUUUUUGUGUGAAUUUCGUUCUUCGGUGUAAAAAUUAUAUUUUCCGUGUACUAAUUAAGUGUGGCAAAAGUUAUAAUCAAUUGAAAACUUAAUAAAGUUAGGUAAAAACCAGCGAGGUGCAAAAAAUCGCUAAGAAAUGACCAUGGGUGGUGAAACACCAACGUCUUCUCUGAUUUUUCCAGUAUUGCUGAGGCCGAUCUUUGCAAAGCUGGAACGGCGGGAUGUAGGUGCAGCACAGUCACUGCGCUCUGCCAUAAUGAAAUGUGAGCAAAAUAAUCCAGGAUUAUGUUAUGACCUUGUAACGGCUAUUAUACGCCGUGCUGAGUUAAAUGUAAAUCUGAAUGAAGCAGUUCUUCGUCUACAAGGCAAUAUUGCAGAGGCAGAUCUAAACGAAUAUCGACUUACAAGAACUGAAGAACCAUUCCAGGAGCUAAAUCGAAAGUCUGUUGCACUUAAAGUCAUUCUCAGCCGUAUACCUGAUGAAAUUACAGAUCGGAAAGCUUUCUUGGAGACCAUAAAAGAAAUAGCCAGCGCCAUAAAAAAACUCUUAGAUGUGGUUAACGAAAUAGGAUCUUUCAUACCCGGAGUCACAGGCAAGCAAGCAGUCGAGCAACGUAAAAAGGAAUUUGUUAAAUACUCCAAAAAGUUUAGCACAACGCUUAAAGAAUAUUUUAAAGAGGGACAAUCGAAUGCAGUAUUCAUAAGUGCACUUUAUCUGAUACGACAAACGAAUCAAAUAAUGCUGACUGUAAAAAGCAAAUGCGAGUAAGAAACGAAUACAAUAUAGUGGCAUUUUAGGUUUUUUUUUUAACCAAAACACAUUCAAAGUUACUUAUUCAAGUAAUUAAUUAAGACAAAAUAGAACACGAUAAAUCUAAAUGCAAUAAUUCAAAUAAAUAUGUAUAUUUACAAAAAAACCAAGAGUCCUUAGGCGCAUACACUAUAGCCAUAUCAGCAGGCUAUUUAACUUAUACUAUUAUGAUUGGAGGUAAACAUUUUCGAAAA